AUGAUGAUCAAAGAUGAGAUUGAAUGUGACACUGGCCCUAUUGCUUUGCAUGAAUGGAAGCUCCCCUUUGGGACGCGAAUUCAUGAAUUUUGGGGUGCUUCGACAUUGGAAGCCCACCCUGCCCUCUCUGCAGCACCCUUCUCUCCCUCUGCCACCACUCAAACACCAGGACAGGCUCCCUUCCUUACCAUCGUCAUCAACGUUCGGGGCCACAACCAUCACGAGGACUCUCCUUGCCACAAUACGACCUACUCAGACGAUAUCGCCAAGAGCUCCAGGCGCGUCGCAAACGCGUUAAGUGGCUCGCAGAGCAGCCCUGCCAUCAUGGCUCCUUCACGAUCGAGACUGAGCGGUAACGAUACCGACGCGUCAAUGCAGGACGCACCAGAGCCUUCUCCGAGGCCGGCUUACGAGAUGGACAUGGACGAGACGCCAGACUACACAGACUCGGACACCAAUCCGAACACGACCGCCAGCAGUGUCGUUGGCGAGCCCAUAUCAGAUGGCCGCAAGCGUCGCUCCGAGGCAAACCAGCUCAGGCGCAGCAUCUUCGGCAGGAAACACGAUAGAUUGGGAGAAUCCAAGGAAGAUGAUACCAUUCGCCGAUUCCGCUAUCUUCUCGGCCUGACAGAUCUCUUCCGCCACUUCAUCGAGACAAACCCAGACCCCAAGAUUCGCGACAUCAUGACUGAGAUCGACCGACAAAAUGCAGAGGAGGCCAAGGCAAAGAAAGGAGGUGCUCGACAGGGCGGUGCUACUAGCGAUAGACGCCGCCGAACUGAGGCCGAAGAAGAUGCAGAGCUGCUGAAGGACGAGAAACAUGGUGGCUCAGCUGAGACUGUCUUCCGGGAAUCGCCAUCCUUCAUCCAGGGCCAAAUGAGAGAUUACCAGGUUGCCGGCCUCAACUGGCUCAUUUCUCUACACGAGAAUGGUAUCUCGGGUAUUUUGGCCGACGAGAUGGGUCUUGGCAAGACUCUGCAGACGAUCUCGUUCCUCGGUUACCUUCGCCACAUCAUGGGCAUCACCGGACCCCACCUGGUCACUGUGCCCAAGUCUACACUCGAUAACUGGAAGCGAGAGUUUGCCAAGUGGACGCCUGAGGUCAACGUUUUGGUGCUGCAGGGUGCCAAGGAAGAGCGUGCGAACCUCAUCAGCGAGCGCCUGGUCGACGAGAACUUUGAUGUCUGCAUCACGAGUUAUGAAAUGAUCCUUCGCGAGAAGGCUCAUCUCAAGAAAUUUGCGUGGGAGUACAUUAUUAUCGACGAGGCCCAUCGUAUCAAGAACGAGGAGUCUUCUCUCGCACAAGUCAUCCGACUGUUCAACUCGCGGAACCGUCUCCUGAUUACCGGCACGCCUCUUCAGAAUAACCUGCACGAGCUCUGGGCGCUGCUCAACUUUCUGCUUCCCGACGUUUUCGGCGACUCUGAGGCCUUCGAUCAGUGGUUCUCUGGGCAAGAUCGUGACCAGGACACUGUCGUCCAGCAGCUCCAUCGUGUUUUGCGACCCUUCUUGCUCCGAAGAGUGAAGAGCGAUGUGGAGAAGAGUCUCCUACCCAAGAAAGAGGUCAACGUCUACAUUGGCAUGUCGGAAAUGCAGGUCAAAUGGUAUCAGAAGAUUCUGGAGAAGGAUAUCGAUGCUGUCAACGGUGCUGGCGGAAAGCGCGAGUCGAAGACUCGUCUUUUGAACAUCGUCAUGCAGCUGCGAAAGUGCUGCAAUCACCCGUAUCUGUUCGAGGGGGCGGAACCUGGACCUCCCUACACGACCGAUGAACACUUGGUGUAUAACGCUGGAAAGAUGGUCGUUCUGGACAAGCUCCUCAAGCGGCUCCAGACCCAGGGCAGCCGUGUCCUUAUCUUUUCUCAGAUGAGCCGUCUGCUGGAUAUCCUUGAGGACUACUGUGUCUUCCGUCAGUACAAGUAUUGCCGUAUCGAUGGUGGUACCGCCCACGAAGACCGUAUCGCGGCAAUCGACGAGUACAACAAGCCUGGUUCGGAGAAAUUUGUCUUCCUUCUGACUACCAGGGCUGGUGGUCUUGGUAUCAAUCUCACCACUGCCGACAUCGUCGUCCUCUACGAUAGCGACUGGAACCCUCAGGCCGAUUUGCAAGCCAUGGACCGUGCUCAUCGUAUUGGUCAAACCAAGCAGGUCGUUGUCUACCGUUUCGUCACGGACAAUGCUAUCGAAGAAAAAGUCUUAGAGCGAGCCGCGCAGAAGCUGCGUCUCGAUCAGCUGGUUAUCCAGCAAGGCCGUGCACAGCAAGCAGCUAAGGCCGCUGCUAACAAGGACGAGCUCUUGUCCAUGAUCCAGCACGGUGCCGAAAAUGUCUUCAAGCAAAAGGGCGCGACUGGUCUCAUCGCUGAGAAGGGUACGGAUAUGACGGAUGACGACAUCGACAAGAUCCUGUCCAGCGGUGAGACACGUACCAAGGAGCUCAAUGCCAGGUACGAGAAGCUUGGUAUCGACGACCUCCAGAAAUUCACUUCCGAGUCUGCCUACGACUGGAACGGAGAGAACUUCGCGGCCAAGAAGAAGGAUAUCGGUAUGACUUGGAUCAACCCUGCUAAGCGUGAGCGCAAGGAGCAGACCUACUCGAUCGACAAGUACUACCGCCAAGCAAUGUAUGGUUCCUCGGGAGGUCCAAAGGAGCAGAAGCCCAAGGCGCCACGCGCACCCAAGCAGAUCCACAUCCAGGAUUACCAGUUCUACCCCCCUGCUCUCCGGGAUCUUCAGGAUCGCGAGACUGCCUACUAUCGCAAGGAGAUUGGCUAUAAGGUGCCACUUGCUGAUGGUGACGAAGAGAAUCUUUCCGACCGUGAGGCUGAGCGCGCUCUUGACCAGCAGGAAAUUGACGAAGCCACACCUCUGACUGAGGAGGAGCAAGAGGAGAAGCAGAAGCUGUCACAGCUGGGCUUCAGCGAUUGGAACCGAAGGGAUUUCCAGCAGUUUGUCAAUGGCUCCGCCAAGUUUGGCCGGACGGAUUAUGAAGGCAUCGCGACUGAGGUCGAUAGCAAGACGCCUCAGGAAGUCAAGGCGUACGCCAAGAUCUUCUGGGUGCGAUACACGGAGCUUGCCGAUUACAUGAAGGCGAUCAAGACCAUUGAAGAUGGCGAGGAGAAGCUACGAAAGAUUGAACACCAGCGGAAGAUGCUGCGCAAGAAGAUGCAGCAGUACCGCGUGCCUCUUCAGCAGCUCAAGAUCAACUACUCUGUGUCGACCACCAACAAGAAGGUCUACACGGAGGAGGAAGAUCGCUUCCUUCUUGUCCAGCUUGAUAAGCACGGCGUCGACUCGGAGGGCAUCUUUGAGACCAUCCGCGACGAGAUUCGCGACAGCCCGCUGUUCCGCUUCGAUUGGUUCUUCCAGAGCCGUACGCCCAACGAGCUCAGCCGUCGGUGUACGACUCUCCUGACCACCAUCGUCAAGGAGUUUGAGGAUGUCAACACCACCAAGGCAAACGGACAUGUCAACGGCCGCGGCAAGCGGGAGCCGGAAGACGAGGAGAACGACGAGGACAGCAUUCUGGGCAUGGCUCCUCCUAAGAAGAAGUCAAAGAAUGGUGUCAAGAACAAGGCUUUGGAUAAUGUCAAGUCCGGCACCGGCAGCAAGGCCACAUCGGCUGCGCCCUCUCGCGCCUCCAGCGUAGCGUCCAACCAGUCUACCAAGGCCAAGCCGAAGGGCAAGAAGAAGUAG